AGUUGUGCUCGAACCACCGAGCACACAGCGUUGUUUGAGUGCACUCGAAACUGAGCGUUCAUCGUUGAUCUUCGUGUACGAGCGUUGUUUUCUCUACGAUUUUCGCGGCGAUUUUCACCGCGUAACACACGAAUCGAUUGCCAGAGAUGAAGACGUCGCCAGCCUGGCCCUAUUGAACGUGUCGUUACUCGCGGAAAGCCGUCAGGAUGAUGCAGGAAAUCGCGGACCAAUCCUCCAAGACGGUGCUCCUGAACACGUUCGUGGUGAAAAAGAAACGGUGCAGAGUCUACUUUCAUCGGGGCACGCUCAUCUGGGAAACGGAGAAGCCGCCGUACACGAGAUGGACGCUGCCCAUGUCGGACGUGCUUGCGGUUCGUUACGGGGACGAUUGGAUACCCGGGGUCAGCGUCAAGGAAAAACAGCCGGCUACGUCGCCGACGUCGCCGACUGUCUGCCCGACGAAUUUCAUUCUACAUUACGCCGUACGCGGUCCAAAGAAUAAAUGGAGUCAUCACAGCGUGACGAUGAGCCAUACAGAUCCUAGGCAGGUCGCGUCCUGGGUAAAAACUAUCAGGAAUUACCUCAUGGGACUCUCUCAUCGCCCCAGGAAGGUUCUAUUGUUCGUUAAUCCCUUCGGGGGAAAGAAGAAAGGAUUGAAGAUCUGGGAGAAAGACGUUCAGCCCUUGAUGACCAUCGCUGGCAUCGAGACGAAGAUGUUGAUCACGGAAAGAAUUGGUCACGCUCGUGAUAUACUUCUGAGCGCGGAUCUGAGCGACUUCCAUGCGGUGGUGUGUAUCGGCGGAGAUGGUACCCUCGCCGAGGUGAUAAACGGCCUGGUAUUGAGGACCUCGAGAGACAGACAGAUCGAUCCUAACGAUCCGAACGUAAUUCUGCCGAGUCCUCGGCUUCCGAUCGGAGUAAUUCCCAGCGGAAGCACGGACACGGUGGCGUACAGCCUCCACGGAACGACGGACGUGCAAACCGCGGCGAUACAUAUCAUAUUCGGCGACAGCACCGGCCUCGAUAUUUCAGCCGUUCACAGCGACCAAACGUUGCUAAGGCUGUACGCCAGCAUGCUGAGUUAUGGUUAUCUGGGCGACGUGAUAAGGGACAGCGAAAAGUUUCGAUGGAUGGGACCUCAGAGAUACGAUUAUUCGGGUUUCAAGAAGAUAAUCGCGAACAAAGGGUACGAAGGAGAGAUACAUCUACUCUCGGACCCUUGCCACCCAGCGACCAGCACGAGGUGCACGAAAAAUUGCAGCAGGUGCUUGCAGCACAUGCACAACAGCAUUCCCGACAAAGAAAUAUCCAGAUGGAUGACCGUCAGAGGGAAGUUCUUCAUGGUGAACAGUGCGAAUCUCGCCUGCAGUUGCUCGAGGAGUCCGAUGGGAUUCAGUCCGCACUGUCACGUGGGGGACGGUUGCGUAGACGUGAUUCUAGUUCGGCAUACAUCGCUCUUCAACAACAUCAGAAUGUUGCUGAGGUUGGCCAGCAAACAGAAAACAUUGUACGAUCUGCCGUUCGUCGAGGUGUACAGAGCGAGGGAGUUCACGUUCCGGGCAUUGCCUACCUUGCACAUGCAAUCGAACAACGAGAUUAACAACCGGUAUCUGAACUCGAGCCUCAGCGUGUGGAACUGCGACGGCGAGGUGAUCGAUAGCUCCAACGUGAAAAUCAGAGUACACUGCCAACUAGUGAAUGUAUUCACGAGACGAGCCCAGGAACCAGUCCACGAGCGUACCUGUCUGUGUUAGUGGCAAGUAUAUACGGUCGAUCGACAUUCUACUUGAAGUAAAAAGAAAACGGUCGCGCGUGCCCCAAGGAUCGCGAUGCAGUUUAAACCGCAUAGUUCCUUCGACUUGCCCUAAUUAAAAUCGUUACCGCUGCAUCGUCAGACGCAGAACCAUGAUACGAUUCGAACUAAGAUCUCAGGCGAUUCACUACGAUAGCUUGAGGAUCGCGUCUCAAUUAGAAUAUUAUUUAAACGAAAAUUAAUUUUUUUUAAAUCGAUAUUGUUAAUAAGAUUUAGAUACUUCUAAAGCUCCAUAAUGUAAUUUACAAGAUAUUUGCGCUCAAAUGUUUGAUUACGAACGAGACUAAUCUACUUAAAUCGCGACUGUUUCCUUAUCUGUCUUGUAUCUUCUGAAAUCGAGAUCCAAGAUUAGCAAGAACUAUGUCAAUGUCCAUGAAGACCUCAAAGGAGGCAGGAUCUUAUAUUACGAUCGACCUAUUUUCUUUCCUUUUCUUGGAUCAUAGCGUUUAAUCAUCUGACAUUCCAUAGUGGACAUGUCCACCCGCGGCUCGGCCGACAAAAUGUACUUAACGAAUUUUUUAUGAUAACAAUUAUCGGGUUUUUCCGAUACCGAUGUACUUCGCGUGUUUUAGUAUUUAAAGUUAAGCGAAGAGCAUGGUGAUUGCUGUAGGUUCGGUAUAUGAAUGGAUUCUUCCUUGUAGGAUAUAUCCGAGGACAUUACGAUUAGAAUGAUUAAGUUUUCAUUCGGUAGCGUUCGGUACGAAGUGCGCAGAACGAAAAAUCGUCCUUAAAAAUUGUACGUCUAUAUUUUUAAUCUGAGAAGGGCGACCCAAAGUGAUUAGAAUUAGUAUUUAAUAAGAAUUGAAAAGUCGGAAGAAAAAUAAUUGUGAUGAGGUUGUAUCGACGUAGCGAUAUUUUCUUCACGAUGACCAACAUGGUUCAUUGAUUAUGACAGAAACGACAAAUGUAUUUUCGAGAAACAAGUUCGUAACUGUUAGAGCUUAGGCUUAUAAAACUUCAGAGAAGAAUCGUACAGCAUUUACUCGAAAAGUUUUUCGAACUAUUUAUGUAUUUAACUGCAGAUCAGCUUUUUUUGUAAUUCUAAUGUUUCUUUCUUAGUCUGAUCAGCUUGCAGACAGCGUAAGAGAAACCUUGCUAGAUUCUAAAAGAAAAGAAAGCUCGAAAAUUGUUCGCAACAAGCCUUUCCAGUCGGAAUGUAAAUGAAGACGAGGGGUAACUUUCACUUGAACUUUUCUAGUCUGUUGCGUUCGCAUCAAUGAAAUACACGUGCUGCUCCGUCCUUAAUUUCCGUGUCCUAUCGCACUUUUAUAUUAUCUAAAGGGCGAAAGUUUCCCUCGUUUUCUCGGCCGUGAAUUAAUCUCCGGAAAAUAAAAAAAGAAUAUUUUCUCAGGAGUCAAUAAUUCUCAAACACGACAGUGGGCAAGAGGAUUUCAUUUUACUUUGUGACUUCGCCGUUUGUAUUCUUCUUUCUGUGAUAACUCAAUUUCUCUGUUUCUCAUUCGAUACUGUUAAUCGAAUACUUCGCCCAUUGCUUGCAGUUACCGUAUAAUUUGUAUUAAAAUAUUCCUUGGCAUCAAUACUUGACUUUGUUAAAUUUUUUAUUUUAUAAUCGUUCUGGCAACGGGUUUAUCUUUGUGUGUAUUAUUGGAGAAGAUCAUUUGCAUUCUUAAAGUAGCAUUUAUUUUAGAAAAUGUAAACAGCGGCGGACCACAAAGGAUUAACGACCGAUUUUAAAAAGAGAAUUUAGCGAUUAGAAACAGAUUAUUUUGUAGAGGCAUGUGUCCAGGUUGUACAAAUAUUUUAAUACACAUACACACACACACAUAUAUAUNAUAAGUACAUAAAUCCAUAUGUAUAUAUCUAUAUUUUAAUUACAAGGUAUUUAUAUAUAUAGAGCGGAAAAUAAGAAGCGACACGUCGCUUCCAGUAUGGCUGUAACCAAUUUCUUUCGAUUAUUUUCAGAAUGGUGCACCGAACGUUAAGAAUGGUUGCGUAUAUAUUAUUAAUAAAUUGUACUUCACUUUUUCGUAUCAA